UCAGAGGCAGAGGUCCUUACAGAGGGAGGUGGAGGGGAAGGAGGGGUUACAGAAGAGGGGGAGCACCACCGUUUCAUGGGCCUCCCCCUGGUGGACCCCCUUUUGGACCACCACCACCCCAGUAUCAUGGUAUGGAAGGACCUUAUCAACCAGGAUACUAUGAUCCUUCUUAUGGUUAUGACUAUUCACAGUUUUAUGCUCAGGGUGGGCCACCACCUCCAAACUAUGGUGUACCGCCUGUUAUUCCUCAGGGUCCAACUCAAAGUUCCAUGCCUUCUGACCCUGCAGCAUGGGCUCAGUCUGCAAUGGAAUACAAAAACAAACAAAUGGCAACAAUGGCAAACCAACAGAUAAGUGAUCCAAGUCAACAAAAUCCACCACCCCCACCUACACCAGCAGAAAAUCAACUGGAUCCAAGUCAGGAGAUACUGAGUAUUCCUGUACCUCCACCUCCCUCAGAACCACACCUACCAUCCUCCGUUCCUCUUCCUCAACCUCAACCACCUGCAUCUGAUAUUCCACUGCCACCAUUAGAUGUUCCACUGCCUCCAUCUUCUUCCACAAUGCCUACAGACUCAAAUAUAACACAGGAUAUAAGUGAUUCUAACAUGGACAUUUCUAUACCACAGAAGAAAGCUUUAAUUGACAUGGAUGUGCCAGCAUUAUCCCCAGCUGAGCCAGAGGAAGUGAAAAAUGUGUCGGAGUGCAUAAUGCCCUCUGGAGAAAAGGCUCUUGUGGUAGAAACAACUCCUCUAGUGGGGCUCUCACCAACUGCUGAACUCUUGGAAAUGGAGAGUAAACAAGAAAUCUGUGAUAAUAAACAAUCUGAAUCUAAAGUGGAUAAAGCAAAACCAGAUAAUUUUGAAGAUAGUAAUUUUGAAAAUAAGGAUGAUGCUAGUGCAUUAAUAGACACUGUUCAGGAAAGUAAAGACACUGAUUCUGAAAAGAUAGAGGACAAUAAAGACAAUUUACAAAGUAAAGCUCCAGUGAAAACAACAGCUCAAAUGCUCCUAGAGAAAAUAGCAAUGAAAAAGAAGGCAACUGAGGCUACAGAAUCUGGAGAAGUGUCAGAAUCUGUGGUAGAGGGAUCAAAACCAAAGACUUUAAAACCAAGCUCAAAAUUCCUUUUGCAGCAAUUAAAACAAGAUGCAGGGAAGGUCCAGUUCAAUGUCAAACUGGGAGCAUCUGGAACAAAGAAGGGAAACAUUCUGCAGAAGACUGAAAAAAGUGAAGCAGACGACAGUUCGAAACACAAGGGUGGAUCCAGAGAAUUGUACAAACCGUCUGCAGAGGAUAAAGUGGCAUUAAUGCUUGAGACAAUGACACCAAAACAGAGGGAUUCCUACAUGCGUUACAAAGAACAACAAGAAAGAGAAGCAAGGAAAGAGGAAAGACGCAAGCAGCGAGAACAGGAGAGAGAGAAACAGAUCGAGGAGAAAGAUAUACGAAGAAGAAGGGAUAAGAGUGAGAGUAUAGAAAAAGACAUGAAUAAGCUAGACAUUAAAAAAGUGUCCUCAAGUCCCAAAACAGACAGUGUUAAUGAACAAGUGUCCAGUGAGGACAAAAGGGGUGUAAGAAAAAGUGAAGAGAGAACUAAACCAGAAAAUAUAAGAAAAAGUGAAGAGAGAACUAAACCCGAAAAAAGUGAUGGGGGUAAAGUUAGUGAUAUUAAGGAAAGUGACAUUCCAAGUUUGAGUGCUGAAUCUGACCAAGGUUUCACAAGUAUUAAACAUAAUUCAGGUUUAUCAGAAACAGACAAUCAAGGAACACAGAAAAUUACAACUCCUCAGUCACUGAAUGUUUUAUCUCCUCUGCCAAACACUGACAGUUGUAAUUCUAGUCAAACUCUUACUUCUAAAGUUCACAGUGUCAAAAUUAUAACUGUUGAUAAGUCAAAGGACAUGGGAAGCCCAUUGCCUGAUAGAAAGAAGAAAUCCAGAUGGUCAGAGAUGAAGGCUGAUGUAUUGUCAUUGAGUGUCCCCUCCGUCUCCAGUGGACCCCCCACAGCUGUUCCUAUGGUAACAGAUGCGGAGGUGUAUUCCCCUGAUCAUCCCACAGAAUCACCCAAGACAGCACUCACAGGUGAUUCCCAGAUGUACUCUCCAGAGAAACCUACCGGGAUGGAAUACUCCCCCAGUCACCCUACGGAGGACUACUCUCCCAGCCGACCAACGGAUACCCCUAGUCCCAGCAACGGAUCAACUCAGGUAGACCAAAGCAGCCGGCUCAAAGAUGAGGUCAUAACCUCUGACACACAGACAGACAAUCAGUCUGGUCCAGUAGCAGACGAACAAUCACACAAGGAGAGUGGAGACGAAGAUACUUCGUCAAGAAAAUCAAAGAAAAAGAAAUCCAAGAAAAAGUUACACAGAUCAACUUCUCAUUCUCCUGAAAGAAAGAAAAAAGAGAAGACAAAAGAAAAAUUAGAGAAAAUGUCACCUCAAGGAAAAGACAGUUUUUCAUGGGAUAGUGAUGAGGAAGUGCCACAUACUGAUCGAGAUUCUAAGCAGCGUACUCACUCAAGGAGUAGAUCAUAUGACUCUGCUGAUGAUAAAUCUAAAGAGAAAUCUAUCAAAUCUGUUAAAAAGUCCAAAUCACCUAAACAUAAAAAACAUUCUCAGUCUCGGUCUAGAAGCAGGUCUGUGGAUAGUAGAUCACGAAAAAAGUCAACAACACCCAGAAAACAUAGGUCUCGUUCAAAAUCUGAUAGCAGGUCAAUAGAUUCCACAAAAGACACUUCUAGGAAAUAUGAUGUAAAAUCUAGGUCAUCCUUGAAACAUAAAAGUAGGUCAAGGAGCAGAUCAUCUUCUGUGGGUAGAUAUUCUAGGAAAGAUAAAUCUGUGAUUAAGACUUCCAGACAUAGAUCUAGAAGUAGGUCAGCAGAUCCAUAUCAGGAACAUGGGAGAAAGAAAAAGUCCACCAAAAAAUAUUCUUCACACUCUAAAUCUAUAAAUAGGUCAAGAAGUAGGUCACAGGACUCAGGAAAAGAUAAAUCUGCCAGAUCAGUAUCUCCAAGGUACAAGAAAAAAUCCUUGUCACCCAAGCACAGGAAAACUUCAUAUAGCCGAUCCCGAAGCAAAUCUUCAGAAAGGGCUGGCGGAAAGAAAAAGAAAACCAAGAAAAAGCAAAAAACAUAUCAGUCUUCAAGCAGAUCAAGAAGUAGGUCUGUGGAUGCUGCUAGGAAACACAAAGAUGACAGAAGUAGAUCCAUCUCUCCAAAACCAGAGAAAACGAAGAAAAAGAAACCCAAUUCUACAGAGAGAUCUAGGAGUCCUUCUCCAGCACAUACAAAGUCUGACAGGAGGGGAAAAUCAAACAGAAGACAAUCGGAGUCACCCAUGUCUUCCAGAAGAGGAAGAAGAGAAUCACCAAGAAGGAGCGUGCAAAGCUCUGUCUCUCCACAUAGAAGAAGGAAUUCAAGCUCCCCUGAUUACAGAAAAAGAUCGUCCACUAGAAAGAAAAGAAACUCAGUAUCACCAUCAUCCUACCAAUCUGAUGAAGACAGAGGAGAGAAGGCAUCAAGGAGAAAAUCAAGGAAAGGCAAAGAUAAAUCUUCCUACAGAGACUCCCCUAUAAAAGACAUAUCUAAAGAUGCAAGGUCAUUGACUCCAGACAGAGGACAAGAAAAAGAGCCAAAGGAAGAUAAACAGAGAGAAACAUCCCCAGAAGUACCUAAAGAGAGAGCUCCAAUAUCAUUCAAAAUGAACAUCAAUAAGCCAGUAAAAAAAGAAUUGCCAUCUCUUGAAAACAAGUUGGAUGAUUCUAUGGAGAAGGACAUUGACGAAGGCACUGAUAAGGGAGAUAAAACAGAAUCCAGUGAAAAUCUGGUGCAUGAACAAAAGCCUGAUGAGAAGAAAUCAGAAAAGCAUGCUAAAUUAUCUAAGUCACCAUCACCUUCUAGAAUUUCUACACACUCUAUCAGCAAAUCACCAGCAAGGGAAUUUAGAUCCAGAAGUAAAUCGGUAGAUUCAGAAAAGGAUAAAAAGUUGUCAAAGAAGGCCAAAAAAGCAGCAAAGAAAGCCAAGAAGAAAGCCAAAAAGCUAGCUAAGGAGAAGAAGAAAAGGGAAAGGGAGGCUGAAUCUUCAAGUUCUCCCCUGAAUUACAGCAAUGAAAGUAUAGAUAUCGAAGAAAAGUCAGAAGAUGUGACUGUUGAAGAUGACAAAAUAAAAGCAAAAGAGGAUUCUAGAAAUACUGGAUCUUUGCCAGAAAAAGAAAUGAGUCCAGAAAGUAAAAAAGUGAAGAGAAGAUCCUGGAGAUCCAAAAGAUCUAACAGUGAUGAGGACUCACAACAGACUUCACCAGAACAGGGUGGCACUAGAAAACUGAAGCGGAUCAGUGUGGACAUCGGUGCCAUACCUCUACCAGGGCAAGAGAUCAGUAAUGAACAGCAGAAAGUCUGCACAGAACAAGUAAAAGAUACCAGUACAGAAAAAGAAAAAGAUAAGAGUAAAGAAAAGGUAAAAGAUUCCAGUAAAGAAAAAGUAAAAGAUAACAGUAAAGAACAAGUGAAAGAUAACAGUAAAGAACAAGUGAAAGUUGUCAGUAAAGAACAAGUAAAAGAAUCAUCAAUUCCGAUACAGAAGGUCAAGAAACUAGAGCAAGUUGAGCCUAUCAUUACUGAUCUUUCUUCCAUUCCCAUGCCUGAUGAAAUGCCUGUUAAGAGCAACAAAUCCCAAAGCAUUAGUGAUCCUUUUUCUGUAACCAUACCCGAUACUGCUGGGAAACAUGAUGGAGAAUAUCAAAGACAGAAAGAUACCCCCAAACCUAGUGAAAAAUCUGAUGUUGGAAAGAGUACUGAUGACUUAGAGUUAUCUCAAACGGAGCAGAAAUUAAAAACUGUGGAUGAAUCAGAAGUGAAAGAUCCAGAGAGUAAUAAAGAAAUGAGUAGGACAUCCACAGAUACAAUAGAUACAAAUGAGGAGAAAAUAAAAAGAGAACUAAAGAAGCUGAACAUAGACAUGGUCAAAAGUACAUUUGAUCUUGAAGAAGCCCAACCCAGAAGAAGGUCAAGAAGAUCAUAUAAUUCAACAGAAAAAGAACCAGAAAAUGAAUCAAAUGAACCAAGCAAAAGGACAACUCGAAGAAGAUCUAAAGCAUCCCUCAGCACAGAAGAUUCCUCUGGAAGUGAAAACUCAAAGACUGACACCAAUCAAAGUGAAAGUGAAGUGGAGAAACCAAGUGCUGAAAUUGUUCAAGAGAGGCAAGAAGUCGUGGAAAAGCCCACAAAAAGAAAGAGGAAAAGCAGAUUUAGUGAUGUGGAUGACAGGGUUGAUGUGGAUCAGAUUGUAUUACCUACAGAGAAAAAGAGUGAGGUGGACCUCAGUACAUUACCAAAAGUCAGUGUGACAUUGGAACCAAUUCACAUUGAAAAAAGCAGUGCUAGGACACCUAUUAAAUUUGCUUUGGCCAGUGUAACACAAGCAAUUGAAAAGGUGAAAUGGGAUGAGGAAGAUGAGGAGUCUCAAAAAGAAAAGGGUGGAAGUUCAGGAUACAUACCUGAUGAGGAAGACACAGAGAUCAGUUUUAAAGUGAAAGUUGGCAGUGAUACCAGCAUGAAAGAGGAGGAGAAAGAGAGUAAUAGAAAUGAAAAUGUAGCGACUUCAGUUAAAGUUGAUGUACCUGCAGUUGUUACAUAUCCAGGGUUGUCCAUACCCAAUGUAUCAGCAGACUCCAUAGAGGGAAAUGAAGGAAAAGGUGCAGCAGCAUGGAAUAAAAAUGACAUAUUUCAGACUGCUUUGAAGAAAGCAAAAGAGUUGGUGGAAAGUAAAGUAAUGGCUAGUGUAGAGGAACCUAAGAAAGUUUCCUCAGAUGUUCCAACUGGAGAAGACAAUACUGAAACAGUAGAUAUGGAAUGUGAUUCCAACUCCAACAGUCAGGAACCCCUUAUCCUUCAGGGGAAUGAAAACUACCCACAAAACUCAGUUCCAAAUGCUCCAAUGACAACAUUCCCAAAAUUUACUACUGUUGGCCUUUCCCUUGAGAGCAUUAUUCCAGAUUUUGGCGUGCCACUGGGAAAUGGUCCAUCAUCAACAGACAGAAAAUCCACUCCACCAGCACCUAUGCCUCCUAUCCAGAUGAACAUUCCACCUCCACCACCUAGUGGAUCAUUAACAUCCAAUUUGCCAAUUCCUCCACCCCAACCUGUUGCCCCACCAACUUACCCUGUUUCUGUGAGCCAUCCAUCAAUGAACAUACCAUUGCCAGGAAGUGCUCCAUCAGUGGCACCUCUACCAGUGGCACCUCCACCAGUCACAAAUACAUCUUUCUCCAUCACUAAUCCACCAAAUAUUCCUUUACCUCAGUCCUCAGCAUUGUCUGUUCUUCCUACAGAUAUUCCAUUACCACCUCCACCACCAGAAAAGAAGACAUCAAAGGAAGACGAGGUUGACAUAAGCAAGGUUUCAUCCACUGCAUCUGCACCACCAAAUCUUCCAUCUGAUAUUCCUAUGCCUCCUGAUGAGAAGACAAAAUCUCAAACUAAUCCUCCUUCUAUUCCUAUACCCCCAGAGAAAGCAAAAGCAUUAGAUAAUUCUCCAAUACCUGUGCUGUCAGAGAAGAAAAAAUCUAAUCCUUGUGAUAUUCCAAUGCCAGUGGAUGUUUCUAAUACACAUACUAAAGAAACAUAUCAACAGAGUGGAUCAUCUGCUUCCAUACCUCUAACUGAAUCUGCCCCUCUUCCAGAAGUCAUUCCUCUUCCUUCAGAAAUUGGGAAAAACAAAUCUUCUGUAUCAAUGGAACCUUUAAAAGUUGGCUUAUCUGAAAAUCAAGGUACUCCAUCUCCAAAACCACCAAAUAUGUUACCUGAUCAAGAAAUAAUAGUCACAGAAGCUACUGUAACAAAUAUUGAUGCAUCUUCAAGGGACAUUUUAUCAUUAAUUCAACAGGCAGAGACUGUCACAAAUAUUCCAAAAUUAGAGGAGAGGGUUUCUGAUGCAGAUGAAGCAGGUGCUGAGAAUGGACAUGCAUCAAAUGACACAACAAAACCUUCAGCAACAGAUAUACAACAAAUGUCUUCUAUUGAACUAUCAAAACAGGCCUUGUUAGCAAAAGUCAUUGCAAAACAAAAAGAAAAUCCAAAGGAGAAGAAGUUGACUAUAGGGAAAAUUCCUCGCACUUCACAUGUAGAAAAAAGUACAGAGAAAAGUAAAGAUGAACCAGAAAUGAGUCAACCUAUAAAGAAAACACCAAUGAUAAAGAUAGGCCCUAUUGUGAUGAGUAAAGGAAAAGACUCGGACACUACUUUGGGUGAAUCUUCAGAGGAUGGUGAAAUCAAAUCAGAAUCUGAAAAUGAAAGUCAUGCUAGACAUAGAAUUGUUUCUGAGCUAGGCAGAAACUUACCCAUAUCUCCACUUGUAAUGGAAAAAUCUCAUGGAGACUCAAAUCCAGGUCCCUCUGGGUUUGGAGUAAUACCAAAGAAAGUGAUAGCUCCUCCUACUUGGACUGGAGAAAAUCCAUUUGUGGAAUCCAACCCACACAAUGCAUCAAGUGCUUCUGAAUCUGAGGAGUCCAAGAUUGAUGAUAGAGAAUAUUAUAAGAAAGUGGAUGAAUUUCUGAAGAAAGUGGAAAAGCCUAAAACAACAGUGGAAAGAAAGUUUGAUGAGUUUUUGGAAAAAGUGAGAAAACCUAAGCCAGAUUCACCAAGCUUGGAGGAAAAAGUGGAUGAAUUUUUGAAGAAGACAGAAAAGAAGGACUCGAGGGAACGCAGCUAUGAUGAAUAUACAAGCAGCAAGCAUGAGAGAGAUGACUAUGACAGAGAUAGAGAUAGAGAUAGAGAUCUCAAAGAUAGAGAAUAUAGGGACAGAGAAAAGGAUAGAGACAACAGAGACAGGGAUAGAAAACAUAGAGAUAGAGAAUAUGAGGAACGGCGUAGAGAAAGGGACAAAGAUUACGGGGAUCGGCACAGAGAAAGAGAACAUGAUGAUAGGCGUAGAGAUAGGGAAAAAGAAUAUGAUGAUAGGCGUAGAGAUAGAGAUAAGGAACAUGACAAUAGGCGUAGAGAUAGAGAUCAUGAGGAACGACAAAGAGAUCGAGAUUAUGAAGACAGACAUAGAGAAAGAGAGCAUGAUGACAGGUAUAGAGAUAGAAAUUAUGAUGAUAGGCAUAGAAAAAGAGAGAGGAGGGGAAGUAGAGAAAGAAGCAGGUCAAGGGAAAGGUAUAGAGAAAGAGGAAGAGAGAGGUCUAGAGAAAGGAGCAGAAGUCGAUCUAGAAGUAGAAGUAGAGACAGGGAUAGGAGAUAUUAUGAGAGGAGGUCCAGUAGAAGACCUGAAAGAGAUGAGAGACGACACAGGGAUAGCAGUGAUGAGGAGCGAUCACCUAAACAUAGGUCAAGACGUAGUAAGUCAGAUAGAGAGGAAGACAAGAAGAAAAAUCUCACUGAUGAAUGGCUUAAGUUUGAGAGCCAGUUAGCAGCCAAAAAGAAAAUGUUAACAGAAACAGCGGCAUCAUCCUCAGCAACUGGAGCACCUCAGCAGCAGCCUUCAGUGCAACCAGCACCAACUGAAUACUACCAGGAUGCCUAUGGUAAUUACUACCCUGUACCAGUGACCCAAGCAAAUACCAACAGUGCCUAUCAAACGUAUUCACAGUAUCCAAAUGUGGAUCCCAACUCUGGAUAUCCAAUACCUCCUCAGCAGACUGUGAUGUCCCAGCCUCAGGUCUAUCCUCAAGAUACAUAUCCUUCAAUGCAGCAAGUGCCAGCCCAGACCUCUAACCUGUACAAUGUGCCAAAUACUCCAGUAUACAAUACUCAGGGACAGCCUGUUCAUCAGGAAAUGGUGUAUGGCCAGGAGCAGACACAUCACCCUCCAUUCCAACCCGCCCCUACUGCAGUGCCGAGGACAGCUGUUGUGUAUGGGCACGUGCCCACUCAGCCCAGUAUUCUGUCAGCCAUCUCCUCAGCAGCUGUGGCACAACCUCCAAAGACCCCUGGCUAUCCUGGUCAACCAGUCCAGCCACUUAAUGAGCCUGAAGUUGGCUCAGUGCGUCCUAUGAAUCGCUUGCCAAAUGUACCUCAACAACCAGGUACUCCAAGAUUCCCUUCCAGGGUACCAAGUACAGCUGUCAAACCUCAAAGAGUAAGCUCCCCUCCUAUAUUCUCUCCUCCAGUUCGACCAAGUGGAUAUAUUGCAUCUCAAACAACAGAAGGAAACAGAGAGGGUCAACCAAGCACUCCUACACCUUCUGAUGGUGAAGAUGAAGAAAUAGCAACUGGGGAGAAGAAAGAUGAAGCAGAACCUCAACCUUCCCAACCUGUCACCACCUCAGAGAUCGAGGAAUCCUCACAACCAGCCCGUAAUGUCAACAGGCAUCUUCCGAUCAAGCUAGGCUUCAAGCAGGCCAUUAAAGACAGUGAAAUAUCACACCCACCCCCAUCCACUUCUCCACAAGUCAAGGAAGGAAAGCCAGAGAAAGUGAAGUCCAGAUGGAGGAGAUUUAGUGAACUAGACUUGGAAAGUCCAUCAAGGAGUACCUUGUCUCCAUCUCUUGAUAAUGUGUCUUCCUCCACUUCUCAGUCAGAAACGGACAAUGCUGAAGAAAAGGAUUUAUCCGAUAUAAGAAAGGCUGUGGAAAAUUACGAUGCCUGGGAUCCAUCCUGUGAUCUUCUGGGGAUACCAUCAGCAGUUCUAACAAAACCAGAGAUGCAGAAGAAGGAGAAGAAAGACAGAGAGAAGCAGACAAUACAGAAUGCUGACGUGACAUCACAGGUCAUGGAGGUUAAAUCAGAGGAGAAGGAAAGCGGGACAAAGAAACCUCCAUUUGAGAAUAUAGAAGACAAUAUUUAUCUCUGUGAAAGGAAGAAGACGAAGAAGAUGAAGGAUGUGAGGCGGAUGCUUUGUGACUGUACGACAAGUAAGGAAGACCGAGACCUGGGGUACGAGGCCUGCGGUGAGGACUGCCUCAACAGGAUGUUGUACAUUGAGUGUGGAAGCAGAUGUCAAUGUGGAGAUUAUUGUACAAACAGGAGAUUCCAAAAGAAACAAUAUGCUGAUGUAGAGCCAUUUGUGACAGAUUGGAAAGGAAUGGGACUAAGAACAAGAGUAGCACUGCAACCGGGUGACUUUGUGAUGGAAUAUGUGGGUGAAGUCCUGGAUUACAAACAGUUCAAGUCCCGAGUGAAGCAGCAAUCCAAAAUGGGUCAGGAGCACCAUUAUUUCAUGGCCUUAAACUCGGAUGAAGUCAUUGAUGCCUCGUACAAAGGGAACAACUCCAGAUACAUGAACCACAGCUGUGAUCCUAACUGUGAAACUCAGAAGUGGACAGUAAAUGGCAUCCUCAGGGUGGGAUUUUUUGUCAAGAAGCCAGUGGAGCCAUUGACAGAGCUCAAUUUUGAUUAUCAGUUUGAAAGAUAUGGUAAAGAGGCCCAGAAGUGUUAUUGUGGUUCUGAGAACUGUCGGGGUUUUAUUGGAGGCAGUAAGACCACUCCACUCCGCUCCACAAAGAAACCUGAGGAGGACAGGAAGAAGAAGACAGAAUUUGAGGAUGAUCUGCUGGAUGAGGAACUGGAAGCCAUCACAGAGCUGGAGAAUGGUCUGAGGAAUAAAGAUCACGUCCUCAAUAUUUGUCGUCUGAUGGUGAGGGCAGAGUCACCCGACCACAGAAUCACCAUUCUCAAGUGUCUACAGGAUACUGUUGAGGAUAACUGUUUACGACUGUUCCUGGACUAUCACGGCCUGGAGUUACUAUGGAGCUGGAUCACAGACAGCAAGGAGGGACCAGAGGACGUCAAAAUCAUGAUUUUAUCACUUCUGAAGAAGCUUCCAAUAACUAAUAAAAACAUUUUGAAAGACAGUAAAAUCCUGCCAUUAAUUUGUCGAUUGGCUGGUCGGGAUGAAAAUGACGACCUGUCAACUGUUACAAACCCCAUGGGCCAAAGGGGGGAGACCAAGUCCAUUCUCUCCUCCUCAACGGGCAAAGACAAGUCACAGAAAAAAAGGGUCAAAUUUGCAGAUGAGGCCUCUAGUUCUGACAAUGAAUCACAUUCUAGUACCACAGACACUGUUGGUGAUUCUGCCUCUGGUGAGUUAGAACCAGAGGCUGGCCCGAGGCCAAAGUCUGAGUCCCUAUACAAACAGGUGCUUGAUAAGAGCCUGGGUGUGGGUUCAGAGGAGGAUCAAGGAGGAGGCAAAGAGGCAGCUGAGUCAUCUUCUGCAGAUUCCACAAACAUUGAAGGAGAAGAAGGAGAGGAGAAAAAAGUAGUGUCAGAAGAAGAAGGGGUAACCCCGGGGGAUGAGGUAAACAUAGUCCCCGAGGAGGAGAAGAAGACAAGCCUAGAGGGUGAGGAGAAUGAAUGUGAAGGGGAGGAAGACCAGAAGGAGGAAGCCGAAAUGAAGAGUGACAUUGAACUACAGGCAGAGGAACUAUUGUUCUUAUGGAAAGACCUGAAGGAAUUAUUCAAGAUUCCAAAGAAACAGCAAGUUGAAGAAAGGAAAAGGAUAGAAAAAGAAUUAGGUACAACUAAGGAUAUUGACUUAGAAAUACUGGAAAUGAUACAAGAUAAAAGCAAACAAAGAGCUGCUGGUUGGGACACAGGUAUCAGAAAAAGGAAGAGGGCCCCUCCCCCACCCCCACCCACAGAUGAUGAGGAAAGGAAAGUACUUUUACCCACACCACCUAAAAUCAGCAAGGCAGAGCACAGGAAGAUGUUUGAGGCAAAGGUGAAGGCCAGAGAGGAGAUGGAGAUCAGAGAGAGGCAGCAACAAGAGGCCUUCUUGAACCAGUUCUACAGUGACCCCAGCAACAUUCUGUACUUCAACAGGACCCCUAACCACCCACUGUACGGCAUGCCACCCGAUCAACAGCUGCAGAUCCUCCAGUCUCAGCCACUAGAAGUCCAGUAUCAGAUGGUACAGGGCUACAACUCACAGGAGGUUGUGGAGCAGUAUAUUGACCCCAACACAGGAAUGCCAAUCACGGUUGAACAACUCCAAGCCAUGUAUCAACACCAACAGCAGCCAGAGGUCAUGUAUACAGAGGAUGGUCAACCUAUACAACAAGUCUGGCCUCAACAACAGCAGGUGCAGCAGCAGUAUGUGAAUGCUGAGGGACAGAUCGUUUCUGUUCAUCAGGUAGACCAACACCUGGUGUACUCCGGGGUCCCCCAACAGCAGAUAAUGACCCAGACAGUGGAGGUACCAGGCACUCAGGUGACCCAGAUACCUGGACAGACUGUCUACCUACAACAGAUGGACAACACUGGCUCAACAAUUGGUCCCUAUGGUACUCAGACACAGCUAGCAGUUGUUCCCCCUGUUGCCAUAGCCACCACAUCCUCAGCUGAUGAUGAUGACCCCCCUCCUCCUCCAUCUCCCCCCAAACCCAAAGUGGAGAAGUUACCACCCAACUGGAAGUCUGCCAAGGACUCUGAGGGAAAAACCUACUACUAUCACACAGUCACAAGACAAACGCAGUGGGAUCCUCCUUCCUGGGAAAGUAUUGAAGCAGAUGAUGCUAUGGAUCUCGAGUCUCCGUUGUACGAGGAGAUUGUGAAGGGGAAGAGUAAGAGGGCCACGACAGCUGCAGCAGAUACAUCCACUGAAGCCGUGAAGAGAAUCAAAGACCAGUUCCGACGACAGAUGUCCUCCUAUAUUGUGGUGUGUCUGAAUCCAUUCAGAAAACCCGACUGUAAGGCUGGAAGAAUCAGCUCUACAGAGGAUUUCAAACAUCUAGCAAGGAAGUUGACACAUCAUGUGAUGGCCAAAGAACUGAAACAUUGUCGUCAUGUUGAAGACCUGGAGGUCAAUGAAAACGUCAAAUCCAAAGCCAAAGACUAUGUUAAAAAAUAUAUGGGCAAGUUUGGUAGUGUUUAUCGUAAAACAGGCUCACCAGAUAUUUGAGACAUUUUAUCUCUUGAAACAGACUCACCAAAUAGCCAAGGGAUAUUUGAGAUCACAUUAAGAGUUGAUUAUACCUUUCUGGAUUUCUGGGAAAAAUAUAAUGAAUAUGUGAUGAAAGUAAACCAAAGGGUACUAAAAUUUAUAAAAAUGUGUGUUUUAACACUACAAAAACUUACACAUGAACAGUGCUACAUCCUAUUACUUACAAAUAGUCUUAUGUUUCUUCUCCAAAAACAUAAAGGUUGGAAGAUUAUCUCCAACACACAUAGGGUGUACUUAUUUUAUCAUCAGUGAAUUUUCCCAAAAUUCAGUAUUUUCAAUAUUUUUGUGUAAUGCUGAAAAAAGUACACAUUUAUCACACAUUUAAAUGUGAGACAUAGUAUUAGAAACAUUGAAAAAAUAGACUUCAUAUUAAGAAUAUUGACUUAAAAAGUAUUGUAAUAUUUAACAUUCAGAUAUUACAUUGAUCUGUGAAUGCAUAAAACAGCAGGUUAUCAUAAAAGGCAGCAGUUUUUAUAUGGUUUGUGUGUUGAAUUGUUGUCUUCUAAUGCGGCAGAAUUAUUGUUUUAAUUAAUUGUGUGCACUCAAGAACCAUGUGGCAAUAAUUGAUUAGACGUGUUAGUGUUUUGUUUAAAUUCCUUCAAUUGAAAGGUAAAACGUUUUUUUAUGUACUAACAUUAUUUUUACGUCAUGAAUCAAAUAAUUGAAGUGGACAUUUUUAUACGAGGAUUUAUGUUUGUGACUUUGUACGAGUGUAAUUUUUUGAAGUAUUUUUCUUCUAAAGAAAUAUGUGUCCAUUGUGUGUACUAGUAUUAAAUUUAAAAUACAUUUAUUACAAAUACUUAAAUGGCAUUUAAAAUACUAGUACACCAUAGCUGUGAAUGUUGAAUGAAAUUGUUUUUUCCAGUAUCACUUUUCAUAAUGUGUCAUUAAUUAAGUGCUUAAUAUUGCAGUCAUUUUAGAGAUGUAUGUAGUCGUUUGUAAGAAAUGUUCAUCUAUCAAUUUGAUUUAAAGACAGUUGUCCCUCAUUUUAUUAAACUAAAUGUACAUAUUCUGUUUUAUAGAUAUUUAGUUAUUUUUAAUUGAUAAAAUUAUUGUUGCUGUGAUAAAACAGCAGAUUAUUAUUUUGAAUUAAAUUGUUUUAAAUUGAAGUAAA